UGUUUCAUUAUCAGACAACAAUUCUGUCUGAGAUGAUUUCUCAUUUGGGGAUGAAGGCUGAGACACAAGGCUGUCUUUAUUUGUCUGUGUAGCCUGGUCAGUUUGAACGUUUGGAGAAUGCUGGGUACAGCGGUUCAGUAAUGAAUUUAAAGCUCCAAUAGGUGACUGUUCUGAGUAAGUACUUUGGUUACUCUCAGUAACUUGGCGCAUAUGAGGCUGCUCUGGAGGAAGUUGAGCAAUAGGAUUUAGCACUUCAAACUGUUGCUGAUGUUGUGGAACUACGUAAGGAUUAUAUAUGAAUGGCAUAACAGCAGCCUGACUUGUAUCAUUGUUGCCAUCGUCAACAGGCGAAGCAAGAACAGUAGGCACAGAUACAUACUGUGGAGGGAGAUUUGGAGGAGGUGGAGUGUUACUGCUUAGAAAAUGUUGAUAUGUUAUUGAUGCAGUAAAAUGACUGCCACCAGCAGGAUUGUACGGGACUGGUGGAGUACUUUCAACACCAGAGACAUCACCAUCUGAACGGACAAUUACAUGCUGCAGCUCAUAAUCAGUGUUUUCUUGUUGCUUAGCUGGUGCAGAAGUUAUAAAAGAACAUCUAAUUAAAGCUUCUAUUACUUGAUCUUUUGGAUGUGUGUUGAGAUGACUUUUUAAUGAUAUGCCUUCACGCAAAUACAAGGUACACACUGGGCAACAAAUAAAAUUUCGAUUCCCAUUCAUGAUUACAAUUCUUUUGUUAAAAAGUUACUCACAAAAGUAGUGCUCUAACUUGAGCCUAAUUAAUUUACAACUGCAGUUUAUUUGAAUUGUUCAGACACAAGGAAUUAAGUUUUUCGCAUGAUGUAGGCACAAUCGAAAGAUAGUAUGACUGAAGAAGAUCUAAAGAUUCUCAUCGGAAAAUAGGAAAUUUAUUUUACUAAAUUAACGAUUGGUUGGUUCUGUUCACAUCUUCCGGCCGCAACGAAAGUGGGCUCAAAAUUUGGGGGCGAAGAAGACAACUGCAAUGCCUUAAAACAAGUACACAACAUACUUUGGAGGAGCAUCUGGUAACACAUCAUCCUGCCUGUAUACCAUAUGCACGCAAUCCCUAGAGAAUUGUUAUCUGUCCAGAUAUUAUUUGUAGUUGCCAUCUGUCCCAAAAUUCACACAUUAAAUGACGUAAUUGAUGACAAACGACCGGAAAGUAGCAUUUAGUGCUUUGGCUGUCACGUAUACAACGAACGGUGGGUUUUAGUACUACUUCACAUCAUCAAUAGGCUUCUGUCCUGACAACCUCAGCUACUUGAUAUUCAAUGUUUGCAUUCUUCUUAAUUUUUCUCUCUGAACAGAUACUUGGUCCCAAUUCAGACAACAUAUAUAUUUUCACUGUGCCAAAGCUUAAGUUUGUUGAUGCGUUCACACUUCAAUGUCUUCUCAUUCGAAAAAAGAUUCCUUUUCUGCAAAAUGUAGUUAGAAAAUGUGCCUGUAAACAUAAUUUAAAACACACGAUUCAUUUGAAACUGACGUUUCCACUUAGUUAUAUCACACGUACGGACAUAAACACAAACAUCUUAAAUCACACUACUUUGACAACAGCUUAUGCAAAGACUAUACACUAACGGCGAUCAGAGAAGCUAUGUUCAGCAAGUAGCAAGUACUCAAGUAGAUUAAGGAAUGGUGGUACUGGUGUCACGUGUACGGGUGAGAGUUGCUGACUAGGGAACCUCGUUGAUUGCAUUUUCGUUGUAUGUAAACAGAGCAACGAACAACCCUGUGAUACACACUCGAAAAUUUGGAAGUGUCACAAUGAGUACACUGAAAUUACCACAAAGAAUAAAUGGAGUUUUAUUAGACAUAACAGGUGUUCUCAAGGACGGAUCGUCUGCCAUACCUGGCUCUGUCGCGGCUGUAAAUAAGUUGAAAAAAGCUGGACUGGCCGUUAAGUUACUAACGAAUGAAACUCAGGUUACUAGAUCGUCGUUAUGUUUGACGUUAUCAAAAAUGGGUUACUGCGUUACGGAACAUGACAUUAUUCCGCCAUGCCCAGCUCUGGUUGACCUUUUACGAAAAGAAAAACUACGACCACAUCUUCUUGUACAUCCAGACGUAUUAUCAGAAUUUGACAGCCUCAACAAGGAAGACCCUAACUGUGUUGUUAUCGGCGACGCUGCAGAAAACUUUUCGUACGAGAAUCUUAAUAAAGCGUUUCGAAUUUUGAUCGAUAUGGAUAAGCCGCGGCUUUUUUCCAUGGGCAGAGGUAAAUACUACAGAGAGAAAGGAGACUUAGUUUUAGAUGUUGGUGUAUUCACCACAGCACUAGAAUAUGCUACAGGUGUCUCCGCCGAAGUUGUUGGGAAACCACUUGCGUCUUUUUUUCACUCAGCGCUAUCUGCAAUAGGAGUAAAACCUGAAGAAGCUGUUAUGGUUGGUGAUGACAUUGAAUCAGAUAUCGGGGGAGCACAAGCUUGUGGAAUAGCAGGUAUACUUGUAAGAACUGGUAAGUUUCGUCCAUGUGAUGAAACGCACCCGAGGGUAAAACCGGAUGCUAUUGUUGAUGAUCUUGCGGAAGCGGUCGAUAUCAUUGUUCAGUCAAGGAAUUAGCUUUAAAAUACAAGCGCUUACAGUUUAAUUUGCGUUUUUGUCUUGUGACAGCAUGCAUGAUAUUAAGAAACUGUAAUACUAUUGAUUUGCACAGCUGUAUGGUGAAUGAAACUACAAGUUGAAAAGUUAAGUUUUGUUGUACCAGACCCUUAGAUUAUUCCAUGUUACAAAUCAUUUUUGAGAAUAAACUUUAAUCAGAUAUCAAAUGAUUGUAAAUUACAUAAAUAUAUUUUAUUGUUGUAACGCAAGUGAUAAAAGUUCACAAAUAUAUUUGUAAACCAAUUCCCAUUAGAUCAUAAAGAUGUCACAAUUUAUGUACAGAGCCAAAGUUCUGAACAAAUGUUCAUAACUCUGUUAUGUGUGAGGUUCAUGUUGAAAAGUUUCAGUAUGAGCUCGGACUAAUGAGGUACAUAAGUAAUAAGUUAUUGAGCAGUAAUUUAUUAAGUGUUUUAAAACGGCAGAGAGAAUCAAAUACUCUAAUAAAAUUCAGGAACCACACAGUCAGACAGUGAAGUUGCUGUAAAAUUGAUUACUUAAAUAAUAUGGUCUGAAACUCAUCUAAAUGCUAUAUUCAAAAUUAUAGUUAUCUUACAGCACCCAAUAACUUCUGUUCAUUAGACGAAUUUUUUCAAGUGGAGGGUAAAUAGUAAGGUGAAACACACAUUAAGAUGGAUGUUUAUGUAAUAGUUAAAUUUUGGAUUAUGUACUCUUAUUGUUAAGUACUUGGUUGUUAUCAUUGUGUUUGAAUGUAACCUGGAAUUUUACUGGUAAUUAAAUCUCAACAGUGUAUUUGAGGAGCAAAUAAACCUGUAACUUUUUACAGAUAGCAGGUCAAAAGUGAAGGUGAUUCAACCCUCCCAAGCUGUUACAGAAAGUGGCAUACAAAUAGAUACUAUCAGAGAACAUACUCAGUUUAAAUCAGUUCCUCUUUAUGAUGUAACUUGUAGAUUUUUAACUCACUUGACUGACUCCUCGAAUUUAAUAGUGAUACUGUAAUUCUUUUGCUUGUUCGUAUGCUUAUCACCCUCAGGUAGGAGUAGAAAUUACUUGGUAUUGUCAAAGAAUUAUAACAAACUACCACAUACAGCUGGUCUGCCAUUGUCAUUUUGAAACAUUAAUACUUGGAGAGUGAAGCAGUACACAAUAGCAGUCUUCCAUAUAGUUACUGAUGCAACAAAUAUUUUGAGUUACAAAAUGUGCCAUUCAAGGAAGUCCCACGAUUAUUUAUUAUGUAUGAGAUCUGAUGAGCUUG